GAAUCGCCAGAAGAGUUGGCUAGACAGUACAAGAAGUACCAGAACGCAGCUAAGUUCGACUACAACAGCGAGGAGGUAUUUUGCGUGUGCCGCAAGCCGGACCAUGGCGAGUUGAUGAUCGCGUGUGAUGGGUGUGAAGACUGGUUCCAUUUCAAGUGCAUGAACUUGAAUGCAAAGUACUCUAAGUUGGUGUCGAAGUUCUACUGCAAGUUCUGCCACUGGAAAGGCAAGGGCACUACCAAGUGGAAAAGGAAAUGUCGCUUGGAUUGGUGCUUCGAGCCUAUCCGAACCAACUCCAAAUACUGCAGUGAAAACCACGGCAUCACCUACAUGAGGGAAAAAUUGGUGGGCAGGAAUGACUCGACCGCCGACUUGAAGCCCUCAACCAUCAAGGAGGUGUUGAAGCACACAGAAACCCACCAGGCAUUGUUGCAUCUCGGAGCCUUGUUUCCUGAACUAGAAGAAGUGGUGCAGUUUAAGCAGACUAAGGAUAUAUCAAGGUUCCCGGAAUCUGUGAGAGAAGAAUUAGCGUCAAUAAACACGAAAUUGGGUGUUUUGGAUAAUUCGAUCGAGCUUUACAAUAGAAAGACCGAGUACUUGGUAUUAUUGAAAGAAAUCGUGAAAGGCAUCAACGAUAAAUUGACAGACAAGAAUGAAGAAAAGGUCACAUCGAAGAAAAAGACAAGGCAAAAGAAGAUCGAUAUUUGUUUGUACGACAAAUCGUUGAAUGAAGUCAAAGGCGAUGCAGCGCCAUUCAAGUCCAUAUUGGAGGAGUUAACAAAGAAUUCCGAAUUGGAAACCACCUUCACUGAUCUAAUUCAAAAAAAGUUGACGGACGAAACCGACCAGGACUGGUUUGAAAACAAGUUGUGUAUUCAAGAUAAGAGGAAGUGUCCGCGUCAUAACGGCUGGUGGAAUCUUGUGAACGACAACUUGACCAAGAAAUUGAACGAAUUGAGAUCGCGCGUUGAGAAAGUAGAGAAGGAGAAAGAGGAUAUAUUGAGAAAGUACAGCAUUGAUAUUUACGAAAAC